AUGUAUGACGUGGCGUUUGAAGCAAAUUCUCUGACGGAACGUGGAUUUGAUUAAGGAAGACACAAUAAUUUAUUGCAAAAGCGUACAAUGUAUGCCCGAAGCAUGGUAUACGUUCUGGCAAUACCUGGCCUUAUCGGAUGUCUGGAAUAUUAUGGAGAGCAUGAUAUUACUGUUGCUGGGCUAUUUAAAAGAGAUGUAUGCCCCUCUCACUAUGAGGCGACUAGGGAAGCCAUUAAAGGUAUAAGUUUACCACUAGAGCCCAGACUUCCAAUGUGUAGCUUGGUCGAACCACAAGGAGCAGCAGACGUGUGUGGGACAGACGACAACGCAUACUGGCGGGAACUGCAGCAGUGCCCAGUUCCAGUACAUAUACCAUGGCUGUGUACAUGGCUAGGUAGUGGUGCAGCCUGUGUGGUGUGUCUCAGAUCUAUUCAGGAAGGAUCAUGUCAUCGGUUAUUUACAUAUUCUGUCUUUGCGGUCACUCGGGCAAUUUACAGUGUCCCCAGCAUUUCAAAUCAAGAUCUUCCCGUGGCCCUUCGCCUUGGCAUACUGCGUCAGGCAACUCUGCCGGUGGUAGAAUUACUGGUAGCCACAACCUCAAUGCUCUUCCUCUUUCUCUACCUUAUUAUAAAGUUGGAUGGACAACGACACAUACGAAACAGGAACAUCAGAGGUCGACUCCAACAACUGAUACACCACAUUUAUAUAUAUUGUGGUCCAAGGCUCGUGGUGGGAAUUGCGAUGUCGGUGUACGUGAAGAUGUGUGGAUGGACUGGACGACAAGGACAGAUGGACAUUGCAGUGCAACGGGAGAGGAUGGAGCAGAGGAUGGUUGCUGCUCCAUGUGACUGCGAUCCGUUUGCCGGUAUAAAACGUUCUCACGACGUUAAUGAUGACCAGGCCAAUUUCGAGUUUGUGUAUGGCUGAGUGAACGAGUUAAACUUUGGUUUUACGCCGCUUUUACCUUUACCCUGUUUGUGGAUGACAUUGACAUAUUGGCCUGUUAUGAUAUUCUUUCAAAAUAUUUUUGUUUGCCCUCCGUGAUCUCAUCGACUCAUCGAAAGAUUCGCAGCGUUUCGAAUCACAUGGAAUGCAUACUGUCGACAUAUUCAAAGCAGAAAUGUGCCUUAACAUACAAACAAGAAAUCAAGACAUAUUCAUGUACAAAUCACAGGUUCCUCACGAUGUGUACGUUUUAAAAGAUUUUGGAUAGGGUACCGUUAACCUUAUUCAACAACAUGUCCCUGAAGUCAUAUACUGGGGUCACGUUGUUACAAAUAAAUGAUAAUUUGGAUACAAUUAAACGCUGUUGUUUAAACGGUCUACCUCCACAAAGUACAUGCGGGUACUCUUCAAAAUAAUGUCAUGUAUGACAUCUUCCAACCUACCUCAUAUUAUAGUGUACUGUUUUGAUACUGUUUAUCCAGUGUACAGACUGAUAAUGAGAAACCGGAAGCACUAGCCAAGCAGGUGAACGCACAGUCACAAUUAAGUGCAGAUUUUGUUUUUUUACAACAACACUUACAUAUGCACUAUAGGGCAAUGUCUUUGCUAGGGUUAAUCUAUUUUACCUAUAUCAGUAAAGGAUCAGUUGAAGCCAAAAUCAGUUGUACUAUCAGUAUAUGGGAGAAUGUAUCUAUUAAUAGUGUUUUAUGACUGUAUAAGUGUUGUAUACAUAAUAAAAGUAAUUUUUUUUUAUUGUUGUAUCAGACUGGAAAAUCGCAUUUUCAAUUAUUCACGAAUGCAUUCAACAGCAUAAUAAAUAACCAUGUAUUUGUUAACCUUACUGUUUGCAUGUUGGUCGAGUUUUAGUGGAAAACACUCAUGGCAUAGAUCACGGACCAUAUACGCCCAACUAUUAUGCCAUAGUUCACAAUGGUAACACAUGUUACAGAUUUUAUAAUUUACCGAGUGUUACACUCUUCGCUAGUGAUGUAAGAUCAGGUUCAGGACCACUAUGUUUCAGUAUUGACAAAGAAUA